AUGGACAUCAAUCAGCUUGUUUAUGAAGAUCAAAGCAUAAAAAUUGUUCCAUCAGUUGAAGAAUCUUUAAAAGUAAUAGGUCUUAAUGUAGAUCUGGAUGAGAGGACAUUGUUAUGGUUUAAUCAACUUAAAGAUAAGUGGAAAACAUGGAAAAAAAGUCCUGCUGUAGAUCAACAUUUUGAGACUUUUUUUCAAUCAACACCAGACCCUUAUAGAGUUGCUUUAGUUUGCCUCAUAAAAUGUGACGAAUUUAAGGACUGUAAACCUAAAACUUUGCCUUUCUAUAUUUCCGAAACUUUAAGCAAAUGGUCUCAAUCCAGCGGUUUGUUACCAGAAGAAUCAUUGAAAUUACCUGCAUUUCAAAUUGCGAUACGGCAAAGAAAUCAACAUUUUCUGAAUUUGAUCAUAAAAACUUACAAAGUGUAUACUAUAAAAGAAACCAUACUACCCACAGUUAAGGAUAUGAUUAAAAAUGAUAACUGCAAACAAGCAUCUCAAAUUGUGAUAGCAAUGGAAUUAUUUGAUGACAUACCAGUUCAAGAUUUACUUUUUCCUCUUAUAUUACAAGACAAACCUAAUAUGAUAGAUGAAUAUUUAUCAGAAUGCCCAAACCAAGUAAGACCUUUACUAUCAUUUCUAGACAAAUUAUUAGAUAAAAAUUUUAGUAUAAAAGAAUAUGCACAAAAGUACAUAAUGGAUAAUCGAAUAUGUAAUGUUAAAUAUGAUAAAAUUCAUUAUAAACCUCUCGGAAAAUUGGUGGCUCGCUUGUGCAACAAAUUUAACAUUCCAGUAGAAACAUGUAAAAAUCUUAGCAAAAAUCGCACUUCAGGAGGACUCAGAUAUUUAAUUUAUCAGAAAUAUGUUGAGCACAAUAUUAGUUCCUCAGUUUGGGACGACUUGGUAAAAGACUCUCUUCAGAAUAGUGCUGAAUGUGCUCAGGAAUUUAUUGAUAUGUUGACUGAAUAUGAUACAAAUGAGGCAUUAAAAUGGGCUUCAUAUUUUCAAUUACCUGAAAAUAGUUUACCAUCAGCUUUAAAGAAUUUAUCUUUACAAGAAGCAGUUACAGAAGAUGAAAAUUGGGAUACAGUGGAAAAUGUUAAACUAAAUUAUUAUAGACUUCCAAUUUCCGAAAAUAAUAUUAUAAUCAUUAAUACAACAGAACAGUUCUAUGAUCUAGUGACUAGCUUAUUAAGUUCUAGUGUAGUAAGUAUUGAUUGUGAAUGGAAGCCAUCUUUUGGAGCUGCACAAUCACAAGUAGCUCUGAUGCAAAUUGCUACAUUUGACUAUAUUUACUUAAUUGAUACAUUAAUAUUAAACAAUAAACAAUACACAAGCUUUUGGUAUAGGUUCAAUAAGUCAUUGCUAGAUAAUGCAGAAAUAAUAAAAUUGGGUUUUGGUCUAGAACAAGAUCUUAGAGAAAUAAAGGCUUCAAUAAAUGGCUUAGGUAGUAUUAAAAUCAAAGGUGAAGGUUUUCUAGAUUUAAGUUUACUAUGGAAAAGUCUUAUAAAUAUUGGACUAUCGUUACCCAGUGAUAGUGACAGUGGUGGCAACAGUUUGAGUUCUUUAGUGCAAGCUUGUUUUGGUUUGCCACUAGAAAAGGCUGAACAAUGUUCCAAUUGGGAAUUAAGACCACUGAGAAGCACUCAGAUAUAUUAUGCUGCUCUUGAUGCUUAUGUGCUUUUAGAAAUUUACAAACACUUGCAAAAAUUGUGCAAAGAACAAAAUAUAAACUUUGAAGAAGUUUGUAAUGAUGUUAUGCUUGAUAGGAAAUUAAAAAGUACAAAAAAGAUGAAAGUUGUUGAUAGACUUCAAGCUUCUAUGCAGGAAUUAAAGCCAAAAAAUGUUAAUGAUAUCAAAAUACUUGUAGAACCUGAAUUAUCAAAUUUAUUAGCAUAUUUUCGAUAUUGUGGUAUUGACACUAUUGUGACAUCUCCAACAAUGCUCUGGCAUGAUACAGUUCAUUUUGCAUUGUCUGAAAAUCGUAUAAUUUUAACAGGUAAAUUAAAAUUUUCUCCAUCUGUAAAAUUCUCACAACAUUUAAUAUUAGACUUAGGCAAAGGAACUAUUAAAGAACAGGUGAAGAAAACAUUAUCUAAAUAUAAUAUAGUUUUUACACAAAGUGACCUUUUGAGUAGAUGUUUAUGUUGUAAUCUAAAAGAUCUUAAAGAAUUAUCACCCAAUGAAGUUCAAGAUAUCUGUAAUAAAUAUAAAUUGUCUGGUGAUUUGAAUCCAAGCAUCAAUAGGCAUGUCAGUGAUAAUGAAGAAGAUGACUAUUAUGAAAACUUUCUGAGUGAUUCUGAUGGAGAAGAGUUAUUCUUAUAUCAGCCUGUAAAUAGCCAAAAUCGAUCAUGUUACACAAGUAAAGGUGCUGUAAUAGACAUAAGUGACGUUGAUAAAUUGUCACAAUCAUAUGAAUUUGCUACUUUAUGUGAAAGUUGUGGGAAAUUAUAUUGGGAUGGUGAUCCCUCAUUCAUUUCAGUAAAAGAAGUAGUCACAUGU